AUGUCAUCUAUACGUUCACUGCGUCCAUAUUUGGCGGAAGGUUUGCGAGCCGCCGGAAUUAUGGGUACCGGUGACAUUUUGGCGCAAACUGUUGUGGAGAAAAAGUCCCUUAAAGACGUCGAUUUAAUACGCACAGCAAAAUAUGGCUCACUGGGAAUGCUGUUUGUCGGCCCAGUCCUCAAAUUCUGGUUUGGUUUAUUGGAUCGUCAGAUUAGAGGCCGUCAAGGUGUGCAACGUGCUCUAAAGAAAAUGGCUGUAGAUCAAGUGAUAAUGGCCCCCUCACUGAAUUUAGCCAUCGCCAGUAUGGUGGGGUUAAUCAAUAAUGAAAAACCUCAAGAAAUAGCAGAACGUAUUAAAACUCAAUAUCCGGAUAUAAUGAAAACUAACUACAUGAUCUGGCCAGCAGUACAGAUAUUAAAUUUUGGUUUAGUACCUCUGCGAUAUCAGGUGGUAUUUGUACAGACAAUAGCUGUAUUUUGGAAUUGUUUUGUUUCGCAAAUGCUGAAUGAAAAAUUGGCCACAAAGACACCUCAGACUAUCGAAGAACAAGGGAAGGUUUCAUAA